UUUUAAAAAAUCACUUGAUAAGGAUCAUGGCGGCAGCAGUAAAAUGGGUGAUAUCAAACAGAACUCUCUGGAAGCAUCUAUUUCCAAUUCAAAAUGGAGCUUUGUCAAGUGCUUGCUGUAAGUCUACAUAUUCUUCUCUUCCAGAUGACUACAAUUGCAAAGUAGAGCUCGCUUUGACAGCCGACGGCAAGACAGUCGUGUGCCACCACCCUUCUGUGGACAUCCCCUACGAACACACCAAACCUAUCCCUCAACCAGAUCUUUUGCAUAAUCAUGAAGAAACACACGAGCAAGUGCUGAAAACCAAAUUAGAAGAAAAAAGCGACCACCUUGAGCAGGGACCCAUGAUAGAACAGCUCAGCAAAGUGUUCUUCACGACGAAGCAUCGCUGGUACCCACACGGGCUGUAAGUCUCACCCCGCUUCUACUCCCA